ACAACUUUCCAGCUCUAGAUGUUUUUCAGAAAUUGGGUAACGUUUGGGAAAGUAACCAAAGUUGCCAUUUUUGCCAUUUACUACUUUUGAUAGAUUAUCUUCUAUGAAAAUGUUGAUUCACACCUACCGGCUACUGUCAGGCUACCUUCCUGCCUUCUGAGUCUCUGACCAAAAAAUAAAUAAAAAAUCCAACGAAUUUCUGAAAGUUGACCAAGAAACUUCAAUUACUACUUCUCAUCCACCACCACCACCUUUUCAUAAUUUUCUCAGAUCCACCUGCAUCUGCUCAUCUCUGUUUCGCGAGGGGGUCCUCUUCUUCAAUUCUUCAAUUAUGAAAGAGCAGAAACACCGACAGCGUCUCCUACUAUGGUUUCUGCUGCCGGUUUUUCUCUUCUUCCAAUCCAUAUCGGCCGUUGAUUUCGUCUUCAAUGGCUUCAACUCCUCAGAUGUGUUGCUUUAUGGCCUGGCCGACGUUGAAUCUCGUAUUCUAACGCUCACUAACAAAACAACUUUCGCAAUCGGUCGUGCUCUUUACCCAGAAAAGAUCCUUGCUAAAAAGCCAAACUCUUCUUAUGUGAAUCCUUUCUCAACUUCUUUCAUCUUCUCGAUGGCUCCUUACAAGAAUACUCUUUCUGGGCAUGGCAUAGUUUUCCUUUUUGUGCCCGUUACUGGCAUCGAAGGCGCGAGCUCAUCUCAACAUCUAGGCCUUCUCAACUUCUCCAACAUGGGGAAUCCAAACAACCAUAUCUUUGGUGUCGAGUUUGAUGUGUUUAAGAACCAAGAAUUCGAUGACAUAAGCGCCAACCAUGUUGGAAUCGACCUCAACUCCCUCAAAUCAAGUGCAGCACACGACGCCGGCUACUGGCCCGACAACCAAAGAAGCGACAACAGCAGCAAUGCUGAUGAUGAGAAGUCGUUCGAGGAAUUGACGCUGAAUAGCGGUGAAAAUUACCAAGUUUGGAUUGACUAUUCAGAUUCUUUGAUUAAUGUUACUAUGGCUCUGGCAGGCAUGAAAAGACCUCUGAAGCCUUUGUUGAAUGUUUCUCUUAAUCUUUCUGGGGUUUUUCAGGAUGAAAUGUAUGUUGGAUUUACUAGUGCUACCGGACAGUUAGUUGAAAGCCACAGGAUUUUGGCUUGGAGCUUUAGUGAUUCCAACUUUUCGUUAAGCCAAGAGUUGGUUACCACAGGUUUGCCAUCUUUUGUUCUUCCAAAGGAGUCAAUAUUUCGAUCAAAAGGGUUUAUUGCAGGAAUCACAGUGGGAGGUUUCUUCGGUAUCUGUCUUUGUGCUCUGUUUGCUCUGUUUUGGAUCAAGAGGCAGCGAAGGAGAGCUAGGGAGAGAGCGGAAAUGGAAGAAUGGGAAUUGGAGUAUUGGCCACACAGAAUGACUUAUAUAGAAAUUGAGGCGGCCACAAGAGAUUUCUCAGAAGAAAAUGUGAUUGGAACCGGAGGGAAUGGGAAGGUCUAUAAGGGUGUUUUAGCAGGAGGGGCAGAGAUUGCAGUGAAAUGCAUUUCGCAUGAAAAUGAUGGGAUGAGAGAAUUUCUGGCUGAAAUUUCAAGCCUUGGAAGAUUGAAGCAUAGAAGUUUGGUGGGGUUGAGAGGGUGGUGCAAGAGAGACAAGGGCAACUUCUUGUUGGUUUAUGACUAUAUGGAAAAUGGGAGUUUGGACAAGUGGGUGUUUGAACGUGAUGACAGGAAGAUGUUGAGCUGUGAAGACAGGAUAAGGAUUUUGAAAGAUGUAGCUUUUGCAGUCUUGUACUUACACGAGGGGUGGGAAGCCAAAGUCCUUCAUAGGGACAUUAAGGCCAGCAAUGUGUUACUUGACAAGGAUAUGAAUGGAAGGCUAGGGGAUUUCGGAUUAGCCCGAAUGCACGACCAUGGUCAAGUGCCUAACACGACAAGGGUGGUCGGGACCGUUGGAUAUUUGGCGCCAGAAGUGAUUAGGAGCGGACGGGCAUCGGCUCAAACCGAUGUGUUCGGAUUUGGUAUCUUGAUUUUAGAAGUAAUGUGUGGGAGGAGGCCUAUAGAGGAAGGAAAGCCAGAUUUGGUAGAUUGGGCAUGGCAAUUGAUGGUACAAGGGCAGUUAUUGAAUGCCCUUGAUGAGAGAUUGAAGGCUGGAGGAGAGUUUGAUGGGGAAGAAGUGGACAGGGUGCUUCACUUGGGCCUGUUGUGUGCUUACCCUGACUCAUGUUCCCGGCCAACCAUGAGACAGGUAGUGAAAGUGUUGGAAGGGAAAAAUGGGUUGGAGGAUGAGGUUGAAACUGAGGAUAUGGAUGCAUAUUUGCUCCAAAGAAUGAAAUCCAUGGAUAAGUGGUCUGUGAUUCCACGAAAUUUUGGCUUUUCAUUACACCCAACAUUUCAAGAUAUUCGGCAGUCCCAGUCUUCAACCAUGUCUCUUUCUUGGUCCAAUUCUUUGGUGGAGGGCAGGUGAAUCUACUUCAUGAAUGCUUGGGGAUUGACAUCCAAACGUUGGGGAAUAUAGGAUUUUGCUUUUGUUCUUGCACAUUUCUUCAUACAUUCAUCCAUGUUAAUUGGGGUUGGGUAUUGUAGAAAACGUUUGUUUGUUAGUGGAAGUAGUUAGACAUGUUAUUGUGUGUACAUAUAAAGUUCAUUUCUUCUAAAUCUGCUAUAAUCAUAAUGCGAGUCAAGUAAUUGUUUUUUCUCA